AUGUCGAAAGAAAAGUCGAAUAGCCCGAGAUUGAGCAUGCGUGGAGGCGCCAUGGUUAUGAAGGGAAUAACAAUUUUCCUGGCUAGUGCGAGAAAUAACCAAUUGGCGAACGCGGCUCAGGCAAAUUCAAAACAAAAGUCGCGCAAAAAGAAAAUGAACGAAAAAGAUAAUAUUUUUAAGUACGAAAUUGAAGCGUUGUACAAAAUUUACCGUAAACUGGUUACUAUAAAUAAAUUAAAAGAAAAAAAAUCGAAUCCUUCAGCAAAUCCUUCCUCAAUUAUUGGGAAACCUUCAUCAAUUAAUGAAGGAAUAGACCGAAAAGUCUUUCGUGAAAUUCUGCACAACACCUUCGACAUAGUUUCGAAAAAUCGGUUAAUGGAUAGAAUAUUUUGCGUCUGGGAUAGACAAAACUAUGGAUUAAUAAAUUUGGAAAAUUGGUUAUUCGGCCUGUCUCUUUAUUUGAAAGGUUCAAAAUCUAAACAAAUUGAAUUUUGUUUUUUGGUUUACGAUUUAAAUGCAGAUGGUUUCAUAAGUAAAGAAGAAAUGUUUCAAUUGUUGAAAAAUUGUUUAAUAAAGCAGCCUCAAGAAGAAGAUCCAGACGAAAGUGUUAAAGACUUGGUUGAUAUUGUUAUGAGGAAAUUUGAUAAAGAUAAAGAUGGUAAAGUCUCUUUAGAAGAUUUUCAAGAAACAAUUGCAGAGGAGCCUUUAUUAAUUGAGGCAUUUGGCAAAUGCUUACCGUCUGAGACUUCAAAAAAUACAUUUUUAACCACUUUAAAAAUAAAUUAA